AUGAACGAUGAUGCAUUUAAAUAUGCUGAACGUCUUGUACCUCGUUCAUAUAUUGAUUUAGCUCGACAAGCACGUCGAUCAUAUGAACAACAAAUUCGACAAAUAAUUGAGCAUAGGAAAUUACCCGAACAACCAUUAGAUGAGAAUAUUAUUGAACAAUGGUUAAAUGAAAUAGCACAAAUGGAUUCAAAUAAUUUUGAAGGAAAUAUUGGCGUAGGAGAACGUGAAGGUCGUAUCUAUUCAUCUCUUGUUGCACGACGUCAUUAUUUAUUUUCACAUGGUAUUGGACGUUCUGGUGAUAUCAAUGCCAUUCAACCUAAAGCAGCUGGUUCAUCAUUACUUAAUAAACUUACAAAUGAACUUGUACUUGAUGCUAUUCAUAUUCUUGGUUUAAGAACAAUUACUCAUGCACUUGUUAUUCCAAUGGCAACCGGUAUGACAAUGACAUUAUGUUUAUUAACAUUAAAAAAACAACGACCAAAUUCACGUUAUGUUCUUUGGUCACGUAUUGAUCAAAAAAGUUGUUUUAAAUCAAUUUUAGCAGCUAAUUUAGAACCAAUUAUAAUUGAACAAAUUGAAAAUAAUAAUUAUUUACAAACAAAUAUAAAUGAAUUUGAAAAACAAAUUAAAAAAUUAAAUCAAAAUGAAAUAUGUUGUAUUAUAUCAACAACAAGUUGUUUUGCACCACGUACUAUUGAUAAUAUUCAAUAUAUAAGUAAUUUAUGUCAAAUAUAUUCAAUACCACAUUUAAUUAAUAAUGCAUAUGGUUUACAAUCAACAAAAAUUAUUCAUGAAAUUGAACAAACUAAACGUUCAAAUGGUCGUAUUGAUUAUAUUGUUCAAAGUACAGAUAAAAAUUUUCUUGUACCUGUUGGUGGUUCAAUUGUUCUUACAUAUGAUAAAGAAUUAUUUGAUAAACUUUCACAUAUUUAUCCAGGUCGUGCAUCAAUAAAUCCAACAAUUGAUAUAUUUAUUACACUUUUAUCAAUGGGUAAAAAAGGUUUAAUUGAUUUAAUACAAAAACGUAAAAAUUUAUUUAAUAUUUUUUAUGAAAAACUUCUUCAAUGGACAAAAGAUAAUGAUGAAUGUAUACUUUCAUCAAAACAAUUUAGUCCUAUAUCAAUAGCUAUAUCACUUAAACAUAUAUCAAAUGAACAUUUAACUGAACUUGGUUCAAUGUUAUUUACACGACGAAUAUCAGGUGCACGAGUUGUUAAAUUAGGAACAAAACAAACUAUUGAUUCAUAUGAAUUUAUAAAUUAUGGUGCACAUUCAUCAAAUAUACAAUAUUCAUAUUUAACUGUUGCAGCUGCUAUUGGUAUUGAAGAAAAUGAUAUUGAAAUAUUUAUGAAAAAAUUUGAUAGUAUUUAUCAAAAAUUACGACGAAAUGAAAACAGUGAUGAUUAA